AUUAGAGAAGCCGGUAGACCCUCUUCAUGUAUGUUCUGGCACGUCCAUGGUCUAAUUUACUCCUCGCUGUUAUUUUUGCCACAUGGUCAGAAAGGAGAAAUGGAAGAAAAAGGGUAUUCAGUAUUUAAAUCACUCCUAAUUUGGGAUCACUUGGAAAAUGUUACUAGAGUAUGUGUGCAGCACAAACAGAGCUAAAUUAAUAUUUUAUCACUGGAUUUGGGGGGAACUGUUUCAAAUUCUAGCUGUGAAGGAGGUUUAAAAUUGCUAUUCAAGUCAAGUCUGCAGUAGGUAAGGGUUAUCCCUACCUGGUUUGGAUAGAAACUUCACAAUGAGUGGUACAGUGAAUGAAGAGGACCAGUACAUGUGUGCAUGUCAGCCAGCCUUCAACUGUAUCCCAAAUAAAAAUUACUGUAACACCUCCAGGGGGGCAGGGUGUUUUGCCCUGAAUGGGGAGGAUGGUAUUCGUAAAGGUUGUGGGGCAGACAAGGAGAAGCACCUGCUAAACUGUCAAGGGAGGAGGAAUGUGGUAUGGAGACCAGAUUCAGGAGGUCCAAACCUUGUGGUCAAGUGCUGUGCCUAUAAUCUCUGUAAUGUAGACGUUGAAGACUUGACACUACCACCCAAAGUAGUGGCAGAGGAGACAACUUUUAACAUGAACAUGUUAAUGGCUGUACUGGUUCCAAUUGGAGUCUUGAUUGUAGCCGUGGUAAUCGUGGUCCUUGUAUUCCGACACCUCCAGAAACGGCAACCCGGAAGUCAAGAGAGCCCGAGAGUGAGGGAGGAACUUCUGCCGCAGGAGUAUGGGGGAAUCAGGGUUACACAGGUUGGAGACAGUACUCUGCAGGAACUGAUUGACGAGUCUUGCACAUCUGGGAGUGGAUCUGGUCUUCCUUUUCUGGUCCAGGCAACUGUGGCAAGGAGUAUUUCUCUCAUAGAAUGUAUUGGUAAAGGACGCUAUGGGUCAGUAUGGCGAGGGAGAUACCAUGAUGAGAAUUUAGCUGUGAAGAUCUUUUCAUCCAGAGAUGAAGCCAGCUGGUUACGAGAAACCGAGAUAUACAACACCUGUCUGCUCCGACACGAGGGAAUUCUGGGAUAUUAUGCCUCUGAUAUGACCAGUCGGAAUUCUUGUACUCAGCUUUGGUUAAUCAUGCAUUACCAUGAAAAUGGUUCACUUUACGACUACCUCCAAUCCACAACUUUAGAUUGGGAGGAAAUGUUACGUCUUUGUCACUCCGCAGCUGCAGGUCUUGUGCACCUUCACACGGAGAUUGUUGGAAACCAGGGUAAAGCUGCCAUUGCUCACAGAGACAUAAAAUCAAAGAAUAUUUUGGUGAAGGGCAAUGGUACUUGCUGUAUUGGAGAUUUAGGACUUGCUGUGACACAUACUCAAGAGAACAAUAAGAUAGACUUGGGUCGUAAUAAUAAAGUAGGCACUAAGCGGUACAUGGCCCCAGAGCUUCUUGAUGAAACCUUGAAUCCUGAGUACUUUGAGGCUUUCAAACAGGUGGAUGUGUAUGCAUUUGGCCUUGUCAUUUGGGAGGUGGCAAGGAGAUGUGUUACAGAAGGUAUGGUUGAUGACUAUAAACCACCAUUUUGGGAUGUGGUACCCUCUGAUCCUUCAUUUGACGAUAUGAAGAAAGUUGUCGUCAUUGAUCAACAACGACCAGCAAUUCCCAACAGAUGGUCCUCAGACACUAUUUUACUCCAGAUGAGUAAAUUGAUUCAGGAAUGUUGGAUGUGUAACCCAAAAGCCAGACUCACUAGUCUUAGGAUUAAAAAGACAAUUAACCAACUGCUCAAUCAGCCUCAGUGCAAAAAGAUCAAGGACACAAACAAAUGCUGAAGGUCACUGUCAAGUACUGAGCUCUGAUUGGAUGCCUGCCAUAAGUGUGUCUGAUUCAGUUCCUCUCAUCUGAAAUGAUCAUUGGGUUGCUGUAGACAGAUAAACUAGAACCUGAAUUGAACAGAUCAAGUGUGAAAAAUUUUAUAUUUUGUUUGCAGAAGAAUCAGGUAUAAUUGUUAUUGUUUAUUGGGAUAUUUUAAUUUUUAGGUGAAUAAUGAACUAUAAAAGAAUUCAUCAUUUUUAAGGGCAGUGCAUUUAAAUGUAUAUAGGGUGCAAGUUAAAGUUUUCAAAAUUUAUGUAAAAAGAAAUAAAAGUUUUCAAAAGCAUUUUAGCAUAAAUAUCAGUAUCAAAUAAUUGUAAGAAAUGUGUUUUAGCCAUGGUUGUUAAUGGAUAAUACAAUGUACACCUGUUAUUCAUGUCAGUAAGGAACACAGUGUACAGUUCUUUUGAGGUCUGGCAGGCCAGAGCGCUAUUGAAUAUAUUAUACAUUCCAGGGAAAUCAUGGUGGGAGUGUAGAUUAUAAUUGUUAAAGUCAAAUAGCUGCAUGCUCUCUGCUUUGUAUGAUGCAUGGUCCAUAUGAAGAUUAUUGGAUGGGUAGUUUCAUAAAGAAAUAACUGUCUGAGAAAAAUGUGUACCUGAGGUUUUCUUUUCAUGUUUUAUUAUUAUCUGAGUGUGAGAUUGUAUGUUCUUCAAUUAAAGGACUUGUCGCAUGAUCUUUCAAAAAUCGU